AUAAGUGCAUAGGGUUCCUUAACCUCCAUUAAGAACCCUGUCAAAGCAACCUCAUAGCCAGCAACAUGGUUGAGUGGACAGACUUUGAGCGCGCCACAAUCCAAAGCAUCUUCUCAAAGAUGGACUACGAUGACGUGGGCCCCGCGGCUCUUUCCAGGUGUCUGGUCGUGUACCCCUGGACCCAGAGGUAUUUCGGUAACUUCGGAAACCUGUACAACGCCGCUGCCAUCCAGGGAAACCCAAUGGUCGCCGCUCACGGAAAGACCGUCCUGCGCGGACUGGACCGGGCUGUCAAGAACAUGGAUGACAUCAAGGCCACCUACGCAGAGCUGAGCGUGCUGCACUCCGAGAAACUGCGCGUGGAUCCCGACAAUUUCAGGCUGCUGGCUGACUGCCUUACUAUUGUCGUUGCUGCGAGAAUGGGUGCUGACUUCACCGCUGAUGUCCAGGGCGCUUUCCAGAAGUUCCUGGCCGUCGUGGUGAGCUCCCUGGGCAGACAGUACCACUAGAGCCCCUCCACUCCGAGACAGAAGACCACCAGAGGACCAACAAGCUCGGAGGAUCAACAAGCUAAGAGAACCAACAAGCGCAGGUCAUUUGUUUCGAGGCACAUGUUGUUCCUUCUACUAAAGCAAAUAAAAUCUUCCGCAAAUA